GAAUAGUAAUUCUCUGAUACUAUGUCACCACCACAUAACUCACUCAACUCCCGUCACGUGGCCGUUAUCGGAGCCGGAGCCGCCGGACUCGUGGCGGCUCGAGAGCUCCGGCGUGAAGGUCACACAGUAACGGCUUUCGAGCGUCAGAAACAAGUAGGAGGACUCUGGGUAUACACUCCAAGCGUCGAAAGAGACUUACUUAGCCUCGAACCGGAUCGAACCAUCGUCCACUCGAGCAUCUACGAAUCCCUCCGCACCAAUCUCCCUCGAGAGUGUAUGGGUUACAGGGACUUCCCGUUCGUGACCCGACCCGGAGAUGAGUCCAGGGACCCGAGACGGUAUCCGAAUCACAGCGAAGUUAUGAUGUACCUGCAAGACUUUGCCAACGAGUUCGAGAUUGAGGAGAUGAUCCUAUUCGAGACGGAGGUUUUACGGGUUGAGCCGGCGGCGGUUGACAACCGUAAAUGGAGAGUUCAGUUUAGGAACUCAAGAGGUGUCUCCGGCGAAGAUAUAUUCGACGCAGUCGUUGUUUGUAAUGGUCACUUCACUGAACCUCGUCUUGCUCAUAUUCCUGGGAUAGAUUUAUGGCCAGGAAAGCAAAUCCAUAGCCACAAUUAUCGUGUUCCAGAUCCAUUCAAAGAUCAGGUGGUGAUAGUGAUAGGAAAUCAAUCCAGUGGAAGAGACAUUAGCAAGGACAUAGCAACGUUAGCAAAAGAAGUCCAUAUUGCAUCUAAAUCCGGUGCAAACGGAAAGAAGAGUUCCCGUUAUAGCAAUCUACAUAUUCAUCCAACGAUAGAACGUGCCAAAGAGGAUGGUUCCGUCGUUUUCCAAGAUGGGAUAGUGGUAUACGCCGAUGCCAUAGUGCAUUGCACCGGUUACAAGUAUUGCUUCCCGUUUCUUGAAACCAACGGUCACGUAACCGUCCAAGAUAACCGUGUUGGACCACUCUACAAGCAUGUCUUCCCGCCUGGGCUUGCCCCCGGGCUCUCCUUUAUUGGUUUACCUACAAUGGCGCUACAAUUUAUCAUGUUUGAAAUCCAAAGCAAAUGGGUCGCUUCGGUUCUAUCAGGUCGAGUUAAGCUUCCUUCAGAGGAAAAAAUGAUGGAAGAUGUUAUGGCUUUCUAUGAGAAGCUUGAAUCUUUGGAUAUUCCCAAGAGGUUUACGCACUUUCUAACGGAUCCUCAUUGGACUCCGAUGUUUCAAAACCUUAAGCCGCAUGAAGCGGUUUUGAUCUCACAAAGUGACUACUUCAAUUGGGUCGCAGAACAGUGUGGUUGUCCGUCUAUUGAACACUGGAGGGAGAAACAAUACAAUAUCGCCAUCAAGAAAACUGGUGAUACUUACCGUGAUGAUCAAUGGGACGAUCAACUUAUCGAAGAAGCAUACCGGGAUUUUGCUAAAUUCAUCAAACCGACCACUAUAGCUUUCUAAGUACAGUAAAACCUCUAUAAAUUAAUACUCGAUAAAUUAAUAAUCAAUAUAAAUUAAUAAAUUUCUUUGGUUUCGAGUUGGGACCAGUAUAAAAAUCCAUCAAAUUCGAUAAGAU